AUGGCCUCCCCGGCUCUCCCUACCCCGUCGCCGUCUGAGCCAGCAGCAGCAUCGUCGCCGCACGCCAUCGCUCCCGCUGGGGUGCUGCGCCUGGAGCGCUUCCUGGAGUCCGUCCUCAAGCAGAACCUCGAUGCUGUCCUGUCGCAGCGCGAUGAGCUAUACGCGACCGUUGCGCAGUGUGCCCAGCUGCGGUGGUUGAUGGAUGACAUGCAGGCUCUCUCCCGCUACCAUUCUUUCAUUGAGGCAUCCACUGCCGCCGAAGCGGCGGCAGCCGUGCCGCUCUCUGCGUCUUCGCCUGCAGCUAACGGGGCAGCCAACGGAUCGCCGCCACUGAUGAGCAAGCGUGCGCAGGCGGAUGCCUACAAGCCGCCUCAGAAAAACAAAAUCUUGGUUGACCUCGGCCACCACUUCUACACGCCGGGCGUCGUCAAAGACUCAGGCAUUGUGUACAUGAACAUCGGAUGUGGUGUUGUGAUGCCCAUGUCCCUUGAUGAGGCUCGCGAGUUCCUGCGGAAGAAGGAGUCGGUGGUGCGUCGGAUGAUCCUGAACAAGUCCAAGGAGGUGCUGAGGAUCAAGUACCGCAUCCGGCUGGUGACGGAGGCCAUCGCACGGCUGAACGAGCGACAUAUUGGACUAUAA